CUUGCGGUGAAAGUUGAACAUAUCGUAUAUUUGUGAACUACAUUCGUGUUAGAUUUUUAGAGGAAGGUUAAUCAGGUCGAAGAAAAGAACUACAAUAUUAUUUGCAAGGAUUUUUAUGACGAGACUCCACAAAUUUCAUCAGCUUCCUCAAUUAGAAGUGGAGCUACCGUAUACAGAACUGUUUGGUUCGCCUUCACCGGUGUAUAAUGAAGAACUAGUGGAGGACUGUGGUUAUGUGGUGGAGAGCCCCGGCCAAGCUUCAAGCUCGCUUGCGAGUGACACAGCGAGCAGCGAUUGGGAAUGGAUGCAGGAGUAUGGAGACAUAUCAUACGCAUUGGAAAACUGCCCUGGAGUAUACGAAAGAUGCAUUAACAUCAAUGACAUCUGCUGUAAGAAUGACAGACAGCUUACAGGGCCUACUUUAGCAGAACUGAAUGAAAUACGGGCUCUCUCACCUUUGAUUAACCCAGAUAUGAAAAGACUGCAUCUUGUCGCCACUAAAGUUGAGAACGAUAAACUAGAGCAAUUUUCUGAAUGUAAUGGUAACAGGCCUAACCGAUCAUAUUUAUCAGAAUUAAACAGACCUAUUCCAAAAAAGUUGUCAGCUCAAGAACCCGUUGUUCCUAUUUCUCAAAUGAAGAAUGAAAAUAUCCCCACGAAUUUGCGUCGGAUGCUGUUAUAUGGAGCUAACAGACCUGGUGCUCUGAACAGCACGGUUAGUCCAGAAAAGAGCAAUCGUAAGGAGUUAAACGAAGCUCGGGAACUGAAAAACAGCACUGAAAAAACCAGUCAUUCUAGUGAAGAAAAAGAAUCAGCUGAAGUGUUGGGGAAAUCAUUACCAUCCGACGCAGAAUCUGUAAGUGACAUUUCUGAUAGAGAAAGUGCAAUAGCUGACGACGAGGAUAUGAGUUCUGGCAGCGAUGAGGAUGAUGAAGAGGACGACGAGGCAACCCCCACCAAGCGAUUCGGUAGUUCGCGGAAAAGGAAGCGCAGCGAAGCGGAAGACAUGACCCCGAACCCCAAAAAGUUGUAUGAAAUUGGAAAGCAGCUAGAGAAGUUAAACAGAAUAAUAAAUGGCCUAAGACCAAUGAAUCAAUCUUCCAUAAAUGCGAAAAACAAGACACGGCGAGAGAAGAACAAGCUUGCCUCCAGAGCAUGCCGUCUAAAGAAAAAAGCUGGACAUGAGGCAAACAAGAUUAAAUUUUCUGGCUUGAAUCAAGAGAACAAGUGCUUGACUGAUUUGAUACACGAAGUGAAAGAGCUCUUAAUCAGAAAUCUGAAAGAAGAUGUUCCAAAGCAUUCUUGGCUACUCCUUGAGAGGAAGAUUGAUAAUUCACUUGAAAACCAAGUUGCUGGUAAAGUUUCUGAAUAUGUUGAUUCAACAUUAUUUGAAUUAAAUGAAUCAACUAAAAUGGCUGGUACCCCAAAGUGAAGUGUGACACACUUUUUGUAAUAUUAUUUUUCAUUAAAUUAAAUGAAUCUAAUUACAUUCUCAUCAAAUAUUAACUACAUCAAUGCAUUUUCAUCUAGCUUUCUAGGUGAGGGUUUAAAUAUCAGUCUUUAACACAUUUUCAUAGAAAAACAAACAACAUUUAUUGUGAGGCUCUCACUUAACUUGCUUUAAAAUUUCAUUUAUUCACUGUUUGUAACAUUAAACAUUUGUAAAUAGAAACAAUCGUUGUCUGGACUGUGUAAAUCCUGUCUGGGACAGAGGUACUUGUGUUGUAGCAAAUCUUUUUUAAGGCCCUGACGAGGCCACUAGAAGAGCCACCAGAAAAUCAAAUUUAGUUUUUAACUAUUGACUACAUUGAGAAUCUCAGUGCAAUUGCACAAAAAUGUUCUCUGGGUUUUGGCUUAACAUUAUCUUGCUUCAUAGUUUCAAGUUGUAAAGUUGAGAAUAAUAUAAUUACUUUUUCCCAUUUGAUGUUGCAAUUCAGGAUUAUCAGUUUUCAGUGAAAAGUAAACACAAAUCUUUCAGUAGAAAACAAUUUAACCAACUCAAACUUAAUAAUUUUGGCUUGCAUUCUAAGACUUGAAGUAGCACAAAUACUCUCAUUGGUUUCAAAUCAGAGAAGUAAUUUGUAUGGUAGGUGAUGUAAUGGUUUUUACAUCGAAAUUUGGUAAAUAACAUUGCUUUUGCAAAUGUUCAAAGUUUAUUAUUAGUUCAUUUAUCAGUAAAUUAAUGUCUUAACUUUAGAUUGCAAUAAACAGAAAGUUGCAUGCAUAACACAUAGCGUGAUGUGUUCAAGUGUGAUAUGUCAAUUUUGUUACUUUAUGUUUUAGUUAGUAAC